AUGCACAAGCGCCGUGCUGCCCGCCCAGCAGCCGCACGGCCCAGCGGUGCCAAGGCGGCCGUUGCUCAGGCGUCGCAGCUGACGUCGCGGGCCUUGUGUGCACUGCUGCGUACUGCUGAUUCGUCGCUGCUCGAGGACGAUGGCGGCGAUGGACGCAGCUUGCUGCUGCCCGAGCUGAGACUGAGCAUCGCGCGCCCGUCCGAGCUCUCGUUCGAGGAGCAGGACGCACUCUUCGCGCUGCUCGAGACGAACAUGCGAGCUCUGUACGAGACGUCGAAGAGCGGCUGGGAUGCGGCCGAGAAGCGCGGCGAGAUGUACGACCCAGCAAGUCGCUUCCUGCUGCUGCGUCCUCGCGACGCGGGCGUUGCCUCGACGCUUGGCGGCUUCCUGCUCUUCCGCUUCGAUACGGAGCGCUGCGCCAUAGCCGAUCCCGAUGGGCGCGCUGGCGGGCUCGUGGAAGUCGGCUACUGCUACGAGCUGCAAGUCGACGCAGCCUCUCGCGGCGCCGGGCUUGGCAAGGUGCUGAUGCGGCACUUCGAGGCGCUGGCACUGCACGCCGGCAUGCGCAAGACGAUGCUCACCGUGUUCACGAGCAACGAGUGCGCAAGGCGCUUCUACCGGCACAUCGGGUACGGCGAGGACGCCAUCACGCCGGCCCGCACCCUGGGCCCUGGCGAGAGCCUCUCGGACUACGACUACGAGAUCCUGAGCCGCCCCCUGGACUGGCGCGGGUCUAGGUGAGGCUGAGAGGCGCUCCUGCUCGCUGCAGCGCCGCGCCUCGCCGCGCGCUCCACGCGCCCGCUGCAUGCACCGCGCCUGCUGCGACGCUGCGUCCGUUGCGCGCCGCUGCGCCGGCGCUCUGCGAUGGAAUCCACGAUCCUUCUUCUCCUCGAACACCUCGCAGCGAACACACAGAUACUUGCGUCCAGCUCGCGACAAGAGCUUUUGCAGCGCGCCGCAGCUUGGAUAUCGCAGAGGCCUUGUCCGCAGCGCAGAUGCUCGGGUGCACUUCGGCGAUCUGCGGCUGGCUGCCGCGGCAGGAUGGCCGCACC